AUGGCACCAGGCGCAGCGCCAACCCCCUCAGCUCCGGCUACUGCUUCCGCACCACCGAACCCCCCCAAAGAAGUCGUCAACGACCCAGCCCGAACCGGCUUCGACCCGCAGAUGAAAUGGUGGAUGAACUACUUCCGAAUCCUCUCCGGCCAAAUGACUCCCGAGGGCCUGUUCCACUACCGCGAAUGGCGAUACAAAGUCCACGAGGAGCGAGACUGCAAGCGGUGCGACGAAUAUCGCGACUGGCUAUUCACAUACUCGCCCGUCGUCCGCUUCCUGUCCGGCAAGAUUAAAGAUUUGAACGGCAACCUGGAUGCCUCAAACGUGCUGUGUCGCCGGUGCCCUGCGCGGCUGGAGGAGGAUGGACAGGUGCAUCGACAGUCUGGAGGGUUCAGCCCGAACCACGGCAUCCUGAUCUGCGCAAAUGAGAUUCGCGAUCGCAAACACCUGGAAGAUACGCUGGCGCACGAAAUGGUGCAUGCGUGGGACCAUUUGCGGUGGAAAGUAGACUGGAUGGGAGACAAAGAUUUAAAGCAUGCUGCGUGCACAGAGAUUCGUGCAUCCAUGCUCAGCGGAGAAUGUCGUUGGACAAGAGAGGCCUUGACCCGAGGCAACUGGUCUUUGACCCAACAAUUUCAAAACUGCGUUCGCGCAAGAGCCAUCAGAUCCGUCAUGGCUCGGCCGAGGUGUAAAGACGACGUGCAAGCGACCAAAGUGGUCAAUGAAGUCUGGGACUCAUGUUUCUCAGACACCAGGCCUUUCGAUGAGGUAUAUAGGUAA